ACGAUAAACCCAAAUCCCCUGACAACCACGAAGGUUUAUAAGUGAAAGAGCUUCCUUAUCUUGUUAUUUGUUUAGAGCUAUUUCUUCGAUUUGCAAACGACAUGACGGACAAUUCCAAUUUAUACAGCAUUCUCAGUACGGUAAUAACUAUACUAGUGAUAAAUUAUAUUUAUAAUCAGUAUAUUGAAUCUACUAAAGACGUUAGUGAUGUUUACUUGAGUCAGCAGUCUAGUAUAGAUGCAGUGAGGUUGCCAGAAGAAUCUCCGAUAUAUAAGUCGAACAAACUUGACUAUUCUAAUGGGUUGAGAAUUGGAUUAGAUAUCAGGUACGAUCAUUAUAAGUUAAGAAAUGGGAAUUUAUGUGAUGUAUGGGAAGUUUUAAUCAACCAAUUGAAGCAGAAGCCAGCUAAUAAGAUCCAGAUUAAUGACGAAAGUAUGUUCGUUAGUCAAAUUAAUUAUAGAGUUCACCAAUUUUCCCAUUAUCUUGCAGCCAAGAAGAUAUCUCAGGUUUUCAUUAACCAGAAACACUUUUUAACUUCUUUUGACAGUUUAAUCGUGAUGAUUGCUUGUUUUCUAACCCAAGUAACGGUGAAUGUAUAUGAUGACUUCAAAAAUGUUGUGGAGGAAGAAGGUAUGGCGAUUUUCAGUCCCGAAGAAGCAGAAACUAAUAAGGUGGAUCAUUUAGUACUUGGAAGCGAAGAAAUGAAUCGAAUUUUCAAGCCUUUUAAUGAAGAUGAAUUGACCACAUUCACUAAUGAGUACCACUUCAGUAAGGAUAAAGGAAUUGCUCUUCGAAUUACUAGAAAAACGAAUCCAAAAAUCAUUACAUCAGUUGAUUUCACUCAGUCUAAUAUAAUUAGUAGUGUUGCUUCUACUAUUAAGCACUUGCCGAUGAGUAAAGAGCUCAAUAGCCAAGACAGAGUAUUAGUUGUGCAACUGACGUCUAAAAUUGUUAAAAAUGAAGAUAUGUUGAAUGAUUUGGUUAAGUGUUUAGUGACAUUCAUAUCCAACUCGGAAUUGGUUAUAACUAAUAGCGAUAAAUUAUCAAUUGAAAAAGUCAAUCAAAUUCAACCAACGAUACUUUCAAUAAGUGAAGAGGAUUUCAUCAAGUUGGUACCAGUUGAAUUGUUGAAAUCAAAUAUUCAUUGGUUUGACCAAUUUUUUUAUAAACAAUCGAUAAAUUUUUUAUCCAGAGGUAAAUUUAGUUGUCAUAUGUUAAAACCAUUUAAAUUUUCAUCUAGGUUGAGAUUAAUUUAUUUGAAGAAGCCGAUUGAAUCUUUUCAAAAAAUAAACACUUCUACUUUAAAUGAGUAUCGUACUUUAUUACAUUCUAGAAUUAUAAUUGAAAAUGGGUACUUCAAUGUAAUUGGCCCAAUUAUACAAAAUGAUUUUUAUGAUUAUAGAAUCUUACCUAAUUUACAAAAAUUCAAAAGUUUAGGGUGUAUUCUGCAAUCAAGUGAGAUUAAGUUAACUAAUUUCAAUGAUCAAACAAAUUCCGGUGAUAUCUUAAUAAGAGGUUAUAAUAUUGGUAAGACCAAAACCAUUAAUCUCCAUUCAAAUCUAGAAGUUAUUACGCCUGCUCAAGAAUUAGCUAAAAAAACUAAUGAUGGGUUCAUGCCUUUGAAUUAUAUUAAAGGUAAAUGGGGUAAUGACGGGUGUUUAUAUAUAUAUGAUUAA